AUGGAGCUCAGGGUUUUCGCCGCUGCAGAAGCUGGUCCGUCAUCCCCUGUUCGGAGGACCCAUCCUGUCAACCGUGAAGUCGUACCGUUGAACCAAGUCUCCCUUGAUGCACAUAGCAUAGAUCAUGACAUUGCACUGCUCGUCUCUGAUUGGCUUCAUUCACAACCUCAUUCCUCGCUUGCUUCGACAUUCGACCAAGAAAUCUUAGGGUAUGGGGCGGCGGGGAAAGCCAAAGCUGAGGAGAUUGAAGAGGUGGAACGAGCUAUCUUGGAUGGCGAAUGGUCCGCUAUCGAAACGCUGAUUUCGAGACCGGGCCUCGUUCGACCUCAGACGCAACGUGCUUUCAUGUACAUGUGUUAUAGGCAGCAAUUCUUGGAGCAUGUGGAUAAUCGCGAAUUUCAGAAAGCCUUCAGUCACUUGCAAAAACGUCUGAAACCCCUGGAACAUUACCAACCUUUCCCUUAUGAUUUCUACAACUUGUGCUAUCUCACAUCGGCGGGGACAGUACAUGACGCACCUGGUCUACGAGAUUGGGGAGGGCCAGCACCUGAGCGAGAGAAAUUGGUAGGGAUGUGGAGAGAUCUAGUGGAAUCGAGCGGGUCCACGAGAGAAGGAAUGAACGAUGAAGAGGGUCGAGCGAUCAGAGCACCUCGAGGAAGGUUGUUGGAACUGUUCAAGCAAGCUGCCGCUUGGCAAGUUUCCAACGUCAGAAUGAAAGGGAAACAACCUUGGACCGUUAGGUCGUUGCUACACGACUUUGAGAUUCGAAGCAUUUCGAAUCACCUUCGACUUCGAGUCAAAGGGCACACGGCAAACAUCAAGUGCCUCGCAUUCAUUGGCGGCAACGAACGGCUGGCAGUAAGCGGUUCAAGCGACUGCACACUCCGUAUUUUCUCAACCGUCACGGGGCACACGCGACAUAUCCUCACGGGGCACACGUCGAGAAUAUGGGACUGCUCAGUCUCACAGACUGGCAGCUCGACCGAUGACCAGCGUCUCGUUGCUAGUGCUUCUGGGGACGGUACAGUCCGGGUGUGGUCGUCCACAGGGGAUUGCCUGGCGACCCUGAACGAAGAUUGCGGAGAUGUUUACAGCGUGGAUUGGAGACCGGGUACAGAGAGGCAACUCGUCUCUGGCUGCUAUGACCGUAUCCUUCGAGUCUGGGACGUGGAGCGACGACACGAGAUCAGAACAUUCUCAGGCCACACGCAGAGUGUUCUCGCCGUGGCGUUCGACCCUGUCGGCAAUCUAUUGGCCUCGGGAUCCAAAGACCGCCAUGUUCGUCUCUGGGAUGCCGUUGGAGGCGUCUGCACCUCUACCAUACCGGCUUGCCUUGGCGAAGUGACAUCUGUAGAUUUUGAUUCGACCGGAAGAUAUCUUCUGGCGGGUAGUAAAGAUAACUCGAAUCGAUUAUGGGAUCUGCGGAUGCAACGCCAUCUGUACCGCUAUACAGGACAUCAAAAUACAUCAAAGAACCUCGUUCGGUGUUCGUUUGCUGGACCAAAUGACUCGUUCAUCAUCAGUGGGUCGGAGGACGGCAAAGUCUAUAUUUGGGAUCGGGACCAAAGUGUCACAUCCCAGGAUGGGACCACACCAGCGAUGAUGACGGCUGAUACAACAUCACUUGGCACCCUGAAUACUGGAGCCUCAGCAGACACUGCGUCACCGGCAUAUUAUCCCCCGAGAGACUCUCGUCAGUCGUCUAAACCCCCUGGAAUAUCGGGCGAGAUCAAUGUUAAGGCGCAUAACACUCUGCAACCUCUCGCGGCGGAUGGAGCGAGUCCGUCAGAUAUUUCCGAUACGUCCUUCUUGCUCGUUGAUCGGGGAGGCGGCCCGCCAGGGACGGUAUUUGAUAUCGCUUGGAUUGGAGAUGGGGAGAUGAUGAGUGCUGGGGAGGAUGGAACGGUCAUGCUCUGGGAUACGGUACAGCAAGAUGAUCAGGCGGAUUAG